AUGGUGCGCCACAAGAAGGACCUGACGAACAAGGGACGUAAGCACGCCAACGGUCCAGCACGUACAUACGCCCAACAUACUCACCCAGACCGAGAGGAAGGACUGGGUGGCAACAAAAGACCAUCUUUCAAAGCGGCAGCAUGGGAUCUCAAUCACUGCGACGCAAAGCGAUGCUCCGGCAAGCGGCUAAUGCGCCUUGGGCUUAUGCGAGAACUACAUGUCGGACAAAAGCAUGCAGGCAUCGUGGUCAGUCCGAAAGCGAAGAAUCUCCUCAGUCCAGCCGAUCGACCGAUACUGGAGCAGUACGGCGCAGCAGUCGUUGAAGCGAGCUGGAAGCGCAUCGAAGAAGUACCGUUCAGUCGCAUCGGAGGGCCUAAUCCACGGCUACUACCGUACCUGAUCGCUGCGAACCCUACCAACUACGGCAGGCCGUGGCGACUGAACUGCGUGGAAGCGCUCGCAGCUUGCUUCGCUAUCUGCGGCCAUACAGAUUGGGCGGAGGAGAUACUCAGCACGUUUAGUUACGGGGAAGCGUUUCUGGAGAUCAACGACGCUGUGCUCAAGCGAUACGCGGCAUGUAAGGAUGAAGAGGAAGUUAAGAAGGCGGAAGAGGCGUGGUUGGCGAAGAUUGAGAAUGAGUGGAGGGAAGAUCGUGAGGAUAGGGAGAGGGAUGCGGAUGAUGCAUGGAAGGGAGGGAACCUGAACCGGAGGCAGAUCGAUGAUUCAGACGAUGAAGAUGACGACAAAGAGGGCGGAGACAGUAAUGCGAGCAGCAUGGGCGGCAUUCAGCUCGGGGGUCCCAAGCCUGGCGAGCAGCCUGCCGAUGAUGCAGGAGACAAGGAGGACGCGGAAAACGAAGAUUCCGACCCCUACGCUUUGCCACCGGACAGUGAUGACGAAGAGGAAAUGGCAUAUCUCCGACAGCGGGUCCUCGCAUCCAAGCCCUUUGCCAACCCGGCUAAGCCUACUGGCCACGAAGAAGAUCGUACGAUACCUGAGCGCAUUCAGCGACCGCAUGAUCAGAGUAAGCAAAUCCAAACACUGCCCCAAGACUCUGACGCAGAAUCUGGUUCGGAUGUUGGUGAGGCCGAGGAUGAUGAGUUUGAUCGCAUUAUGAAUGCUGCGCCAAUAACGGAUCGUGCUGGUAUUGCGUCGGCGCAGAGACGGAGGGAGUCGGAGAAGCAAGGGUUGAUCGCAAAGUUCAGCAGGGCGGUUGUUAAUGCUCCUGGCAAGUGGCCACCAUAA